ACAGCCAAACACAGACAGCCAGUCGAGCUAUCAGAGAGAAAUAUUCAUUUGUUUUGGUUAUUUCAGGGUCACAUAUGGACUAAGGAGAUAUUUGAUUGUUUUUCUACUGUAUUGAAUGGCUUUCUCAAAUGGAAUAUGUGACAUGUUUCUCUCAUUUAGGAAAGUUUUCUGUUUCCAUCAGUCACAGUUGAGUGAGCAGGCUGUUGAUUGUUAAUGAAGAAAUGCCAAAGAACUGAACGCAUGGAGACAGAGUGCCAACAGUGGACAGACGACCAAACUGAUGAGGACAGUGACACAGAGGAGAUCCUGUGUGGAAUACAUGAGAGCUGUGCCACUGACCUGUAUCACGGUCACCACCCCCAGCUGGAAACAGACAUCGAGGCAGUCAGGACUUUGUAUUCAGACUCUACUGUCUCUGUCAGGGAGUAUGGGUCAAUCGAUGAUGUGGACGUUGACUUAAACAUUAAUGCUGACUUUCUGGAUGAAGAGGUGGCCAUGGCCUGGAGGAUUAAUCCAUCAGAGCCCAUCGUUAUCCGUCUGCACUUUUCUCUCUCUCAGUAUCUGGAUGGACCUGCACCUUCAGUUGAAGUGUUUCAGCCAAACAACACAGAUCAUUUCAGUCUUGGGAAGCAACUCAAGAAUAUUCUCACAGUCUUCAUCUCUCGGGAGUGGAAACACCUGACAAACGAGAAAAUUGUAGUCCAACAGAAGAGCAGACACAGCUGGUUCAGGCCAAGUGGAACCAUGAAGAAAUUUCGUGCAAGACUCAGCAUCUGGUUACCACUGUCAAAGUCAAAUGAGCUCCAGGAACAAACUAUGAGAGAAAGGAUCAUUUUACCAGCAAUGAGACUGAACCGUUUCACAAAUCACACAACCUCCUACGCCAUCAAGAAUCCCACAGGAGAGCUCUUCACCUACACACCCAGUGGAAAGAGGGUGGUGGUGUCAGCAGUCAAGUCAUCUGCGCAGCUUAGCACCAAACAGCUGAUGGAGCUGCUUUUCUCCUCUCAGGCCAUUGGGCACUGUAAGACCACCCCAACUCUACAGCAUGGCUUCUUAGUGCAGAUAAUGAGGUAUGCUGAGCAGAGAAUACCCACGCUGAAUGAAUACUGUGUGGUCUGUGAUGAGCGACAUGUAUUUCAAAAUGGCCCUAUGUUAAAGCCAGCAGUUUGCACCAGGGAGCUAUGUGUGUUUUCUUUUUAUAUGCUGGGGGUUAUGUCUGGAGCUACAGAGGAGGUUGCCACUGGUGCAGAGGUGAUUGACCUGUUGGUGGCCAUGUGCAGAGCUGCUCUUCAGUCUUCACGCAAGGGCAUCAUAUUUGAACCAUACCCUUCUGUUGUUGAUCCAUACAACCCCAAAUCGCUGGCCUUUAGUCCUAAGAGAAAGAGCUACGAUAGACUGCAAAAAGCACUGGACAGUGUCUUGUUAAUCAGGAGGAUGGCACAGGGUCCAUAUUCUGAGAUAAGGAAGCAGAUGGACAAGAUAGAUCCCCUCGCUUAUCCCUUACUACAAUGGAUUUUAGCAAGCAACAGAUCACACAUUGUCAAGCUUCCACUGAACAGGCAACUGAAGUUCAUGCACACCCCUCAUCAGUUCCUGUUGAUCAGCAGCCCUCCAUCCAAAGAGGCUCGUUUCCAAACUGCCAGGAAACUUUAUGGCAGCACCUUUGCUUUUCAUGGUUCCCACAUUGAAAACUGGCACUCUAUUUUAAGAAACGGGCUGGUUAAUGCCUCAUACACAAAAUUACAGCUUCAUGGAGCUGCAUAUGGGAAAGGAAUCUAUUUGAGCCCUAUGUCAAGCAUAUCUUUUGGGUAUUCUGAGAUGGGUAAAGGUCAACACCAAAUAACCACCAGAGAAGAACUCAUGAGGAAAUACAACCGAAUAAACAAAAUCAAGCAGGAACAGCCAGGGCAACCAAGAUUUCUGCAGAGCAGGAACCUAAACUGCAUUGCGCUCUGUGAAGUCAUAACUUCAAAAGACCUUCAAAAACAUGGGAACAUUUGGGUGUGCCCGAUAUCUGACCACGUGUGCACACGUUUCCUCUUUGUGUAUGAAAAUGGGCAGGUAGGAGAUGUCAACAUCAACACUCAGGAAGCCAGGAUCCACAGAGAAAUCCUUCAAGUAAUUGCUUCAAAGCCAUGCUAAGAAAUUAAACAAAACAUGGGCUGUGAGCAGAUCUUAGUUUGUUCAUGGCUAAACUUAUUAUAUUUGUUUUUAUGGAUUUGACAAGUAGAUAUAAAACAAAGAGCUUUCUGAAUAAGACAUUCAUUCUUUUAUCAUCUGUACUUAUAUAAAAUGGUAGAAACUGGUUGUCAUGCACCUGUCAAAGUUUAUUUGCCUUAUAUCUUAAUUUAUAGUUUGAUAUACUUUAAAUCCAUGUCUAUCGUCUGUGUCAUAAGUCUGUGCUGUAAGCACAUAUUUUGUACAUUUUUAUAACCACAGAUUUUUAAAAUAAAGAUUUAAAAUAUUCAUUUAUUUUGUUUUCCCUUUACUUGUUAAUGCAGA